AUUCUGGAUAAACACUUCGAUCUAAUAAAUUACCAUUGGAAAAUAUAAUCACCGCUAAUACGUAGUACGGCUUAAGGACGCUUGCGCGUGGUUCAAACACGUGGCAAAGGAAGGAACUUUUCUACGAACGUUUGUUCAGAAUUGCAGUCUUACGAGCUUUCGCUGCCGAAGCGCAUCCUAUAACAAUAUAUUCUCUUUCAUAUUCUAUUUUGUAAAAUAAAAUUUUAUUAUUUUUGUUUGUGUAUAAUAAAACAAAAAUUUAUUGGAUAUUAAUUAAAAAAUAAAAAUUAAUUGCAAAAUCUACAUUUACGUGUAAUUGAAAUUAAAUUAAUGGAAAAUACAAAAUAUCAACGAAAGAUCGGUUUCAUUGCACGAGUGAAUUUAUUCGGUGGAAUUUUUAUUUUAAACUAUUGUGAAAUGUAAAAUUCGUAUUUCUUCAAGAUGACGAUGAUAAUAAGGAUAAAAAAAAUAAGAUCUUAAUAAGGAUAAAAAUAGAAACAAGAAUGAUUAGAAAAGAAAUUGGUAAACAAUUACAAGCAAUUCGAUCAGAAAUUUAAUUUUCUAAAAGUUGGUUAUAAAAAAAAAAAAAAAGUAACAAUGAGUAAAGAGGAAAGUAGUGAUGGUGGUCCUCAAGAAUCUGGUGGAGGAAAUAAAUCUCCAGGAAAGAACGAAAAUGCGGAUAUUUUUGAAAAUCGAGGUAGCAAGAAAAUAAUACGUUUAUUCACCGUAAUGGCUUACAUGUUCUCUGUAAGUUUCGUAGCCAUUGCCUUAAGUGCAUAUUAUUUAAUUCUUUGGAAACCUCCAGAUCCAAGGCUUCUACGGAGACCGAUUCAAUUUUUAUCUGAACCCGAAAUCCAAUUCUUAUUAGGCGAUCAAAUGAUUUUAGAAAACGAAUCUGCGAAAGAAUCUAACAACAAACAUUCGCUUUCCGGUCGUACCGGCAAAAAAAAUCUUUUCCAUAAUUAUGAUCACAUGAAAACACCCAAUGAAAGAUUGAAUGAAUCUUUGAUCCUAUUGAGAAACUCUUUAAUUGAAUCUUUACAAAAUAGAAUCAAUGAUUCGAAUUCUUUUGCUCGAGAUUCCCCUCGAGAAAACUGGACGAGUUCUAAUUUCUUUAAUUACAAUUCGUUUGAAAAAGAAAAUACGUCAAACUUGACGAGAAAAUCAAGCGAAAAAGAUGCAAGACAUUCCUCUAAAAUUAUGAAUCGUAUAUUUAGUAAUAAUGGUACAUCCCAGACAUUGGAAUCUCCGACUAUUCCUGGAGAUGAAGCGAAACGCGAUCAUUUUACAACUGUUAGAAAUUACUCCUUGUAUCUUGAAUCAUCUCGAGAUACUUUUCCAUUGAACGAUUUGACGAAAAAAACUGCUGAAAAUCAAAAACAAUACAAAAAAAAUGUUCCAUCUAAUUUUAAAACAAGAAUGGAAACAUUUGAUAAAAAAAAAGAAAAAGACAAAAUGACUCGAUAUUUAAGAGAUAAUUCAUUCGAUGAAGGAUUUGUAACGAUAAUGGAUAAAAAAAAUCGUGAUAUUCAAGAAAAUAAAGAAAAUCUUGAACAUAAUGUGAAACCUGCGAUCAAUUUGAAUAGAGUAAUCAGUACAGAUUCUUCCAAUAAUUUCGAAUUUGCAAAUCGUCUACAACAUGAGCGAUCACUAAUGAAAUUAGCAGAUUUCGCGUUAAAAUUCAAAGGAAUGAUCGAAGAAUAAUGCUAUUAAAAUAAAGGAGCGCCUCCUUUGUAAAACGAGAACGUUGUCAAAGUCGCCUUACCUUCGAAACGAAACGAAAAUCUUGUUUAAGCUUUAACUAAAGUUUAUAGGCUCUGAUAUUAGCAACACCUAUUCUUGAUAUUUGUAACCUUCGAAUUAUAUCCAUGAAAUAUGAAUAUAACGUAUACAGGGUGUUAAUAUAUUUGUGGAACAUCUUUGAAGAUAUCGAUUCUAAAAACAAACACAAAAAUUGAUAUACAAAAAUGUAGACUAUUAAAUUGAAUUAAUUGAAGUUUGCAUUAAACAGAGCAAGACGAAAAUAGAGUGAGACCACUCUGUCUUCAUUACUGUUGUAGCAUUUUAUUCCCAUCUUGCUUCAUCUAAUGCAAACUCAAAUUGCUUGUUUAAUAAAUAAUUUAAUAAAUAAAUCUCAAUCGAUAUUUCUAUGUAUCAACUUUUAUUUAUUUUAUCCUUUAGAAUCAAUCCACGAAUAUAUUAACACCCUAUAUAUGUAUGCUUAAAAAAGUAUUAACUCCGAAACAAUAUUUAAACUUACAUAAAAUACUUGUGCAACAUUUUUAAUCAUUUCUUUAUCAUUUUUAUGGAGGUAUUUUCACUUGAAACUAAAAUGAUUUUUAUCCAACUAUAUCUUAUGAAAUUUUUUUUUUUGAUUUAUUAUAUUAUGUCUUUAUUUAUUCUUGUGUUUGAUAUAAUUUAAAUAGAAAAAUUUUAUCGAUUUUACCAAACUUUGUUAUUCUUUUCUAAUUAAAACAUUAAUUAAAAUAUAUAUAAUCUAAUAAAAUAAAAUUCUAAUCAAAACAAUUAAAAAUCAAUAUACGAUAUUAUUAAAUAGAUAUAUUUAUAUAAGAAAUAUAGAAUAAAAAUUUUAAUAAAUGGCUAUACUUUCGAAAUAAAAUAAUAUUACUCAGCGUA